UAAAUUAUGUCUCUAGGGUGAACUUCAGAAUUGCACGUUUCAGAAACUAGGUCUCAGUAAUUGGAUUCAGAUUAUGUGAAAAGUCAGACAACCAAAUCAAGACAGGAAGUAGAUAACAAGACCCCAAAGAAGUAAAGCAAUUUUUCUUCUCAGGAUAUAAAACCAUCUUGGGGACACUGUCUGCCCAGUGGCACUGGGUUCUCCAUUCCCCAGCGCUAGGAUGAUGAAAAUACUCCUCUCCAAGAUGGAUGUAUUUCGUGUAUAUCAAAACCAAGUGUUCAACAACAGGUCAGAUGAAUCUUUCGCUAAACAAAAAUGCCAUUUCCACUGAGAGCUGCACUGUAUAAAGAUUAAUAAUCCUUGAAUAUUUUAAUGGGAACAGAUAACCAGACUUGGGUGAGUGACUUUAUUCUCCUCGGCCUGUCCAGUGACUGGGACGCUCAGGUCUCCCUCCUUGUCCUAUUCUUGGUCAUGUACAUGGUGACCAUGCUGGGGAACUGUCUCAUUGUCCUUCUGAUCAGACUGGACAGCCGACUCCACACUCCCAUGUAUUUCUUUCUCACCAACCUCUCCCUUGUCGAUGUCUCCUAUGCCACAAGCAUAGUCCCUCAGCUGCUGGCACAUUUUCUUGCAGAACAUAAAGCCAUCUCGUUGCAGAGCUGUGCAGCCCAAUUAUUUUUUUCCCUGGCCUUAGGUGGGAUUGAGUUUGUUCUCCUGGCAGUGAUGGCCUAUGACCGCUAUGUGGCUGUGUGUGAUCCCCUGCGAUACUCGGUCAUCAUGCAUGGAGCGCUGUGUGCUAAGUUGGCCAUCACAUCCUGGGUCAGUGGAUCCAUUAACUCUCUCAUGCAUACCACCAUCACCUUUCAGCUGCCCAUGUGCACAAACAAGUUUAUUGAUCAUAUAUUCUGUGAAAUUCUAGCUCUGAUCAGGCUGGCUUGUGUGGACACCUCCUCCAACGAGGUCACCAUCAUUGUGUCUAGCAUUGUUCUUCUGAUGACACCCUUAUGUCUGGUUCUUUUGUCCUACAUCCGGAUCAUCUCCACCAUCUUAAAGAUCCAGUCCAGAGAAGGAAGGAGGAAAGCCUUUCACACGUGUGUCUCUCACCUCACCGUGGUUGCCCUGUGCUAUGGCAUGGCCAUUUUCACUUACAUCCAUCCCCACUCCAGUCCCUCUGUCCUUCAGGAGAAGUUGAUCUCUCUCUUUUAUGCCAUUUUGACACCAAUGCUGAACCCUAUGAUUUACAGUCUAAGAAAUAAAGAGGUGAAGGGGGCCUGGAAGAAACUAUUAUGGAAAUUCUCUGGGUUAACAUCAAAGCUGGCAACUUGACUCGUCAAGAUGACUUAGAGAAAACAGCUUUGCCUCAGUGUUCUCCACCCAACUUAGAUCUGACAGGCAUAAACUACGUUGCCCUGGCAACCAGGAAGGAGAUGACGUAGCGUGUACUGUGGAUGUUAUGUAGGAGGCUGAAUUGUUGAGUUGGGGAGUGAGAUGUGGGGUAUUUUUAUGUCAUAGCAGCAUGAUAAGUGGAGUAUGGCAUGGCCCCCUUAGACCUACCACACUUAUUUAGUCUCCAUUUCUUUGUCUUGAUAGUAAUUGGAAGAAACUGUACCAUAUUAUUGUACUGUUGGGUUUGUUACAUUGUUUGUAAUCAUGGACCUAUUCCUAGAUCUUACACUGAAUAACUGGUUAUUUUUCAAUAUUUCAGACAGGUUAUAUUUUUGGUCAAAUGCAUUUUCACAAUUGAAAGUUUGCUCACAAUAAUAUGUGAUGUAAGUAGCCACAUGCAUUAUAUUUGUGAUUCAUGGAGAAACAUCAAUUAAAGAUCUUGUUUCACUCUGAUCACAAUAUAACCAAAUGUUGUUUGUACACAAUGACAGUGUUGGCCAAGGAAAAGCUGAGCCUCAGUAGCUGCGUGAGCCACGGUGCCUGACCACUUUUCUUAGUUGAAACUCAGGCUGUCUGGAUCUAGAGUCUACACUCAGAACCAUUGUCUCACGCUGCUUCUAAAAAUGUUAUUAUUACGAACAGUAGGCAAAUAGAGAUCUUAUAGGAGAAUCUUUUACGUCCAGGGCUUCCUAAACCACCUACCCUUCAGAGAUCUUUUACUUUCUUUGCAAAGGGGAACAGGACGAAGUGAGAAACACCUCCAUGCAGCUAUGGUGCUCUACAGUUAGUGACUCUUGUUUUCCAAAGAAGACAAAUAUAGCAGAUUAGCUUACUGUAAAGAGUUUACCAUUAUUUAUUUUUUGAAAAAUACAUUCUUUUUAUUUUGAAUUCUAUUCCUCAAAAUAAAAACCUAUAACUGCAAAAAUUAAAAAAAAAAUUAAGAGCAAAAUCAGCACAUAGAGAUAUGGGAAUCGACAUUACUUAUAUUAUUGUUAAUUUGGACAAUAUAACUUUGCAUUUGAAUAGCUUUAAUUGCUAAAGUGUAUUUUUGUCUGUCAUCUCAUUUCUUCUGUUUUAUUAAUUUACUGUAAGAAUUGCCAUAGCAAAGUACCAUAGCGUAGGUGGCUCAAAUAACAGAAAGGUAUUUUCUCACUGCUCUAAAGGUUAGAAGUCUGCCAUACAAGUGUUGGCAAGGUUGAUUUCUUGUGAGGGCUUGCUCCUUGCCUUGUAGGUGUCAUCCCUCUGUGUGUGUCUGUGUCUUAACCUCCUCCUCUUGUAAGGACACUUCUCGUGCUGGAUCAGUGUCUAUUCCAAUAAUCUCAUUUUAGCCUAAUUACCUCUUUAAAGACCUUAUCUGCAAAUACAGUCACAUUCUGAGGUACUAGGGAUUAGGACUUCAACACAAGUAUGGGGAGGGGGACACAUAAUCCAGAAGGUAUAUUUAUACUCAAUGAACAUUAUAGCCUUGUUUCUUUAUCCUUUAUGUAGUAAGAUAGGGAGAGCUGGCAUUAUCAUUCCCAUUCCAAAUAUAAGGAAACCAUUAUCAGAAGAUAACAUGAAAGGCUACAAAACAUUUAAUGCGCUUGGUAUUUUAUGUACUUGAAAAUUACUGAUGCUUAUUAUACAACCAGAAAUAGUCUUUAAAAUAAAUUUUUAUCACACUCCAAUUUACAGAGAAACAAUUUGCUAAGGGCCAUCACAAAUACUAAAUGCCAACUAUUAUUUAAGUACUAUGUAAGUGCAUAACUCUCUAUGCCCAUUCACUAAGUGCUAAGGGCUAUCCAAGUACUCUGGCUAGAGAUUAAGUGAAAGUCAAAUCUGUGAUAAAUUUAAGAGCCAUAAGCAGACACACAAGGGGAAGGAGACAGUGUGGCUCUCAACAGUCUCUUACACUUUUUUGACAUUUCUUAAUUUUUAAAAUGAGUGGACAUGUCCUAUACUUCAUGCAUAUGGAAAUCAAAAAAGGAGACAGUUACAUUUCUUGAUUUUUUAAACGAGUGGACAUAAUCCUAUAGUUCAUGCAUAUGGAAAUCAAAAAAAGGAGGCAGUCUGUGGAGUGAUGACAAUUUUGCUUUAAGAUAAAUUGUCAUAAACUUAUAUAAUGUAGAUAUGAAAUAAGUGUAGACAUCAUCUGGCCUAACUUUCCAUUGUCAGUAGAAGACUGAAGAUGGGGCUCAUAUGAUAUCAUAGGCUUCAUUCCAACUAGAAAGAAACAUCCCUUCCUUUAGAAUAAAAGUUCCAUGUCAGGGCAUAUCUAUUGCCAAGUAAAACAUAGGCUUACCUAUAUUGCCUGACUUACUACCUCAGAACACCACAUUUUGUAACACAAUCACAUACUUCCACUCCAAAGAAUGUAAGACAGAAACAAUUCCUUGUAAAAAUUCGAUAGAACUUACCCAUAUAACUAGCUUUGUGGGAAUACUUUUAAUAAGUAUUUCAUUUCUCUAAUGUUUCUGAGAAUUUUUCAGGCUAUUUUAUAUUCCAUCAGCUUUUAAUGAAUUACAUUUUACUAGGAAUUUGUCUAUUUUUAAGUUUUUAAAUUUACUGACAUAAAUCUCUUCAUAACUUUGGUGAUUAUCUUUUGAAUGUCUACUGAAAUAGUGCUUAUAUCCUUUUUAUAACAUUAUUUGUCGUUUUUCUCUUUCCUUUCUUAAAUCAAGUUUAAUGGUGCAUAUUGUACACACAGUGAGAUUCACCAUUUUAAGUGUAUGGUUCUAUGAGUUUUUGAUGAAAGUUUAUGACAACCGCAAACAAAAUAUGUAAUAUUCCAAAAGUCAUUUUGUGACCCUUUGUGGUAACGCCGUCCUUAUUUAUUUCCAAUUACUUUUGUCACAGGAAUGCAAAGUACUCUUCAAAAGUGUUAAGGUAUGAAAGUCCAGGAAAGACUAGAAUUGUUACAGAAGGAAGGAGACUGAAGAGAAAUAACAUGUAAAUACGAUGUGGGAUCCUGGAUAGCAUCUUAAAUUUUAAAAAAAGACAAAGACCAAAGAAAUGAAUGGGAAACUGAUGAAAUUAGAUUAAGCAUUGUAAUUUAGCUAAUAACAAAAUAAUAUCAGUUGCAA